AAUCGACAGUGAGAUCCAAGCUCAUCUUUUCUUCUCCGGCAGCGAUUGCGAUCAAUUCACGCUAGCUAUUCAAGGCAAGUUGUAUAUGUGCUGGAAUGGCCAAUAAUCCUCCAACUUCUGGUGCACAGCUGCACUGGCCUUCUGCAGGGGGAACCUUGGGUACUCAAAGUUAUACUUCUCUGUUACCUGGACAAUUUCGACCAAUGGUUCCAACACAGCCAGGUCAACAAUAUUUUCCAGUUGCUUCCCAACUGUUUCGACCUCCAAAUGUUGGGAUGCCUGCUGUCCAAAGUCAGCACCUGCAAUACUCUCAACCAUUGCAGCAGUUUCCACCAAGGCCAGGUCAACCUGGAGUUGCUACACCACCAUCACAGCCUAUAGCAGCAUCAUAUGUUCAACCAAACAGGCCUCUUACAUCUGCUGCACCACAAUCACAGCUUAAUACUCCCCCCAUGAGUGGUCACAUGGCUGCCUUAGGUGCUUCUGGGAUGCCAGUUUCUUCAUCACAUACUUUUGCUCCUUCAUUUGGCCAACCACAGAACACUGUCAGUGUACCAACCCAAUACCAGCCAGUAUCUGAAGUGCACGCACCUGUUGCACCAAUAGCAGGACAGCCUUGGCUGUCCUCUGGGAGUCAGAGUGGCCAACAACCUCCAGCCACUUCUUCCACAGAUUCAGUCGCUAAUAUUUCUAGCCUAACUCAGCAGUCUUCCUCUGAUUGGCAAGAGCAUACAUCUGCUGAUGGAAGAAGAUACUACUACAACAAGAAGUCUAGACAGUCUAGUUGGGAAAAGCCUCCUGAACUGAUGACACCUAUUGAGAUGUCAUGGCACAUUUGGAGAAAUUUAACGACUGCUCUGUAUGCUCACUUUGAGGGCGGGCCUUCACUUUCUCAAGAUCUGGAUUAUGCACGACCUGAUGUUCAUAAUAGGGCUGAUGCAUCUACAGUUUGGAAGGAAUUUACAACUCCAGAGGGAAGAAAGUAUUAUUACAACAAGAUUACGAAACAGUCAAAGUGGACAAUUCCUGAGGAUUUGAAGUUGGCUCGUGAACAAGCUCAGAUGGUAGCUAGCCAAGGAACCCAUGUAGAAAUGGGUUUGACUUCUCCAGCCCCAGCUGCUGCUGCUAUUGCUGUCUCCUCAGCUGAAACUCAUACCACUGCCAUCGCUGCCAGCUCCAAUGUUUCAGUGGCUUCCAGCCCAGUUUCUGUUAUGCCUGUUGGUAAUCCUUCCCCUACAUUGGCACAAACUGCAGCAGCAAGUGCUUCUGGAGUUCAACCCUCUGUAUUAGGUGUGAUUCCUUCACCUGCUGCGGUUGCAGGAAGUCCAAGUGUUUCUGUUACUUCGAUAAAUGCUCGGCCAACUAUAAUGAGUGGCUUUGAAAAUACAACUUCUCAAGAUGCUGCACAUGUGGUAGAUGGAGCUUCUGUGCAGGAUAUUGAGGAAGCAAAAAAGGGAAUGGCAGUAGCUGGAAAAGUUAAUGUGAUUCCAGUAGAAGAGAAAACUCUAGACAAUGAACCUUUGGUUUAUGCCAAUAAGCUGGAGGCAAAAAAUGCUUUCAAAGCUCUUCUGGAAUCUGUAAAUGUUCAGUCCGAUUGGACCUGGGAGCAGACAAUGAAAGAGAUAAUUAAUGACAGAAGAUAUGGUGCUCUGAAGACACUUGGUGAGCGGAAGCAAGCAUUCAAUGAGUAUUUGGGUCAAAGGAAAAAACUGGAGGCUGAGGAGAGACGCAUGAGACAGAAAAAAGCUCGGGAAGAAUUCACAAAGAUGCUGGAAGAGUGCAAGGAACUUACAUCAUCCAUGAGAUGGAGCAAAGCUCAGAGUUUGUUUGAAAAUGAUGAACGGUUCAAAGCUGUUGAACGACCCAGAGACCGAGAGGAUCUUUAUGAGAGCUACAUUGUGGAACUUGAGAGGAAGGAAAAGGAAAAGGCUGCCGAGGAGCGUAGGCAGUUUGUGGCAGACUACAGGAAAUUUUUGGAAUCCUGUGAUUUUAUUAAGGUGAACAGCCAGUGGCGGAAGGUUCAAGAUCAAUUAGAGGAUGAUGAAAGAUGCUCACGUCUUGAAAAAAUUGAUCGCUUGCUUUUCUUCCAGGAUUACAUUCAUGACUUGGAGAAGGAAGAAGAGGAAAAGAAGAAGAUACAGAAGGAACAAUUGAGACGUGCUGAGCGGAAAAACCGUGAUGCAUUUUGCCAGCUAAUGGAAGAACAUGUUGCUGAUGGCACGCUAAAUGCUAAAACUUACUGGUUUGAUUAUUGUUUGAAGGUCAGGGAUUCGCCUCAAUAUCAUGCUGUUGCGUCAAAUACAUCUGGUUCGACCCCAAAAGAUUUGUUUGAGGAUGUUGCUGAACGAUUAGAAAAACAGUAUCAUGAAGACAAAACUCAUGUAAAGGAAUCAAUGAAGUCAGGCAAGAUUACAAUUAUUUCUACAUGGGCAUUUGAGGAAUUCAAGGCUGCCAUCUCAGAAGAUAUUGAUUCUCCACCAAUAUCAGAUGUCAACUUAAAGCUCAUAUAUGAAGACUUGCUUGAGAGAGCCAAGGAGAAGGAGGAGAAAGAGGCUAAAAAGCGCCAGCGUCUUGCUGAUGACUUCACAAAGCUGUUACAUACAUUUAAGGAGAUUACUACAUCUUCUAAUUGGGAGGAUUCCAAGUCACUUUUUGAAGAAAGCAAAGAAUACAGAUCAAUGGCGGAAGAGAGCUUUGGGAGAGAGAUCUUUGAGGAAUACAUUACUUACAUGAAGGAAAAGGCCAAGGAAAAAGGGCGCAAGCGUGAGGAGGAGAAGGCUAAAAAGGAGAAGGAGAGGGAAAAAGAGAGAGAAGAGAAAGAGAAACGGAAGGAGGAGAGAAAGAACAAGGAAAGAGAGCGUGAGAAAGAAAAGGAACAAACUAAGAAGGAUGAUACAGAUAGUGAAAAUGUAGAUCCAACUGACCGUCAUGGCCAUAAAGAGAAGAAAAAGGAAAAAGAUAAAGAUAGGAAACACCGCAAACGGCAUCAAAGUGCUGCUGAGGACGGGAGUUCUGACAAGGAUGAUAAAGAGGAACCUAAGAAGUCCCGUAGACAUAGCAGUAGCAGUGACCGUAAAAAAUCAAGAAAGCAUGCAUAUUCACCUGAUUCAGACAGUGGAAGCAGGCAUAAGAAGAACAAGAGAGAGCAUCGGGAUGGUUCUCGCAGAAACAGUGGUUAUAAUGAUUUAGAAGAUGGGGAAGUUAAUGAGGAUGGUGAAAUCCACUAAUUUGGUAUUAUCCUAGCCUUUUUUAAGAUCGUUAACACUUGUGCAUAGAUGAUCAUGAUAUUCAGGCCUUUUCUUAUCUACAGCUUAUGAAAUUAAUUUGCUUCAAUGUACUUUCAACUCUUCUGAAUUCACUGAAAAAAGAGGGAAAAUUUUUUUUUCUGAUUUUGACGUCUUGCAGGCUGAAUCCCAGAACAAAAGAGUCAGUAAAAUAAAAUUAGUUUUUUUUU